CCUUUGUACAUUUUGGCGCACACACCCCAUAGCGCUACAUUCCGCAAUCUGUUUUCAGAUCACGGUUACUAAAUGGCGUGAAAAGAACUAUGGACGCCAUUGUUGUUUUGUGUCAUUUCUGUGAACAACAUGGCCCAUCAGUAAUAAUGUGUACCCAGUCAUUUAAACAAUCACAAUCAAAUUUAUCUGUAAAUAAUGUACCCGAUGUUACUACUGCCAACGCUAAUAAUAGUAACAAAGAUGUAAACACAUAUCAAAGAAAAUUAUCUAAUCAUGCUCUACAAAGUAGCGAUGAUGCAAUUCUUACUGGGAUAGAUGUUUCGCCUAUCCCUUUACCAUCUUCAUCAUCGAGAUUCUCAGUGAUGUCAUCAAACAUUACUCAACAGCAACAACAAUCACAUCCAGCUUGUAAAGCAUGCUCAUCUAUCUUGUUACGUGAUGAACUAGGAAUAAUUAGCUAUGAUCAUUCUGCCAAUCUUUCAUAUAUUUCUACGCAGUUUCCAAAAGACACGGAUUUAAGUACACAUGUUCGAAAUGCAUGCUUGCGAAGUCUUUCUAGUGAGGUUUGCCCAGGUCAAGUCGGUGCAUUUUACUUUGGUGAUGAAAUAAAUGGUCAUGUUUUAAGUUAUAAUUUCCCUUUGAAUGAUUCACGUGCGCGUGGUAAUCAAAGUCGUUUCAGUAUUUUGGUGUUAUCAUGGGAUAAGAUAUACCUACUAAAUAUAUGGUCAUUUUUGAUAUCGAAUAUAUCACGUAUGGUUUCUCGUCUACGUCUAGCAGCCAAUCGUGUAUACAAUGAUGAGACUUCAGAUAAUACAACUGCUGCUGUUGUCAAUACAAUGACUCAUUCAAAUCCACAGAAGCCGAUAGCUCCAUUGAGAAGAUGUGCUACACCUCCAGCUUCGUUAGCUCCUAAUCUUUACAAACAGGCUAUUGCAGCAGGUAAUGCUGUUACGGCAGGAUACGGUUUAUACAGUAAUGCAACAUUAGGAAGAGAAACAAAACAGAAAAGAGCUACCGACUCAGAUAUGCGUUCACUGGCUGAUUUAACAAAAGAUGAUCAAAUAUUCUAUCGUCUGCAUGCUUGGUUCACAUGGUUACUUCGUGCCGGUGGUCGUCGAUGGAGUAUAGUUCCUCCUGCUAUUGCGCCUCCAGUUGAUGAAGAUUCAAUUGUAUCUCAGGAAGAAUAUGAAGCUUAUAUUUCAGCUGGUCUUGAAUGUUUAACAACAUCUAGUUCAAGAAAUGCUGCUGCCGCUGCCAAUGCUAACACUUUUAAUUUGCCUGGUCAUAAACUUGGUCAUAGUAUGAGUUGUAUUAGUCAAUCAAGUGGUUCUACAAUAUUAUCAAAAUCAAUAAAUCAUUCAACAACCAAUGGUACAAGAGAUUCGAUUGAAACAGAUAAUAAAAAAUUAUCGCUAUAUUUAAACAAUAUGUCAGUAGAAAUGGCGAAUUCCACGUCUUUCAUGAUCUUGUCCAGACUAUUUACUGUACUUGGUGUCAACCCAUUUAGUCGAUUAGUUCAGCAUAUAGCUGUUGGGAAUCAAUUGGUUGUACAAUCAUUAACCGAAGAUAUGCACUCUACACUGACAUUGUCUGCAUUAGCUAAACUAUUACCUAAAGGAUGUAUCAGACAGGUAAUAGCAAGUCAUGAAUAUGUGGCACCAUUUCGUUGUAAUCUUUUAAGUUUAACAAGUAAUUUAUUAAUGUUAGAAGAUGUAAAUAUGGCUAAAGAUGUUCUUUAUUUAGCUGUUUAUCGUUGUGAAUGUAAAUCAUCAUCGUCAUCAUCAUCAUCUUCAUUAAAUGAAACAACAAUAAUCUCUAAUGAAAGUAGUGAAGUAUCUUUUCUACAAUCAUAUGUCAAUUCUUUAAAUUUUAAAUUCUGUUCAACAAUUCCAUCAUUUGAUUCAGAAUUAAUUUUAUAUAAAAAAUCAUUACCUUGUCGUUAUUUGUCUACUACUACUACUACUACUACUACUACUACUACUACUACUACUACUACUACUACUACUACUACUACUACUACUACUACUAAUCAUCAUCCAUCUAUUACUACAAUUCCUCGUCAAUUUUUAACUAAUAAUAAUGGACGUAUUACAAUAUCAAAUUAUGUACAACAAAUUAUUAAAUUAUUUCAUAUGAAUCCACCAUUAUCAAUGGAUGUUUAUACAAUUGCUUUAUCUACAAUACAACAUGAAUGGAUACAUCGUGCACGUUUAUUAUAUUCAUUUAAACGUUGUCAAGGAUCAUCUUUGAGUGGUGAGGAAGCAACUCGUCGUUGGACUAAUGUACUCGCUUCAAUCAAUUGUCAAUCAGCGGAAAAUGCAGCUGUGGCAAGAUUUUGGCAAGGUGCUUUAAGUCAAUACUCUCGUAAUAAUAUAUGUCACUUACGUAAAUGUCCAACCGCUACCAAUUCAACGAAUACAUCAAGACGUGGUUCAUUUAGCUCGAGUAAUGCCGAUUUAAAUGCUGCUGUUUUAGCAGCUGCGACAAAUUAUCAAUCGGUUCCAUUAAAUGAUUAAUUAUCUGUAUUGUUUUCAUUUUUCUUUCAUUUUUUUCUUAUCUUUGUUCUUUUAUAUUUUGUAAAUUUUUGUCUACUUGUGUUUUUGUUUCUUUUGUUGUGAUUGUUAAUUCGUCUCACUUUCUCUCCGAUAUCAUCAUAAUUCAAACGUGAAAUUGUAGGUCAGAUUCUCUUGUUCCUUUACAUCAUCACCAUCAUCAUCACAAUUAUUACGCUGUAAAUAAGUUAUCUAUCUAGUUUUCUUACUCCGGUAUAAUCCAUAAUAAUAAUAGUCAUGAUGAUGAUGGUGCUGUUGCUUAUUCGCUUAAUGAGAUCAAAUGUUUAUUUACUGUUGCUUCACUGAACCAACUAAUUGUACCGGUGUAUAUAUAUCUUUAUAUAUCGCGCUUUAAGAAGUGAAAAUAUCAAUCUGUCAUUGUACUAAAAAUAUUCCCCAUAUAACUUACAUAUGAUCAAUCUGACUAAUAGUGAUCGCUUAUAUUUGUCUUAUCAAUAUUACUGUAUAUAAUUCACUAUGUUAUUGAUUGAUCAGUUGUGAUCAUCAUUUUGAUGAUCAUUAUAAAAAGCAAAUGUUACACUUAAUCUUGUUUUAUUUGGCUUCAUAUAUAUAUAUAUAUAUAUAUAUAUAUAUGAGUUAUUAUUGAUUCAUGUAUUUUUGUUUGAUAACAACAACCUUACGAGUGUAUAUUUCAUUCUUCUAUAGGUACCAUGAUGAGAUAGAUGUGUGAUUUCAAUAUAUUUCAAUAUAUAAAACAUCAUCAUUUUUAUCUUAUUUUAGAAGCCUUCAAAUAUAAUUUCAAGAUUAUGCGGUUUUGAUUGUUCGUCAGAUUUGAAUCAUUAUUACUAUAUGUACCUUAUUUUUCUAUCGAUAAACUUGGAACGUUUUAUUAAAUUGAAUGUUUGCCAUAUUUAUCACACUUACACCUAGAUAAUUGCUACUCUAAUCUAGAUAUUAUGUUGUAUAAUAACAGUAGAUUGAAAAAAUGUAUGCAGUCGACAAGACUAGAAAAAUUCAUAAUCUCAUUUUAGGCCGGGUGAUUUAGAGGACCUAAUUUAGUUUGCGAGAUCUUGCUAUUAGAGGUAUGAGGGCGGUUGACCACAUCGUGGAAGGGUUCUUCUAGAGGUACCUGAAAAAGAAAUAGGGUUAGAGGUGGUCUUAGUAACCUGAGAGCGUGACUGCAGUGCUCAAGGAACAGCUGCUUGAGGUCGGUCACACAUGACCUUUUUAUGAGUAAUUUUUGUGUUAGCUUGUCGAGACCUUACCGCCAUUGGCGGAUGUCCGUGGGAUAAGGUGAGGUGUGCAUUUUUAGGGCCGACUUUUUCUAACCCCACUCUUUUGUGGGAAGGCAGCAUCGCUGUUAUGCUAGUUGUCUGAAGGAAACACCUUCCUGCUGUCACACCUCUGUACAGUCAGCAGUACAACUUCGCCCUCGAACCUUGGGUUUGCUACUUCUAGCCUUACCGCUCUUCAACCGACCUGUAUGUCAUGGCAGUACCAUGAGCAACGAUUGUUCCAGCCAGUAUAGCUCGAUUGGUUUUUAAGCUAUUCUCGUAACCCCCAAGCUAGAACUACACAGCGACCUGAACACGAGAGAAAAGGCGCAAAAUAUGCGAGAAGCACUUUAUUCCAAAGGUUCGUUUUAGCACAGAAAAUAUAGGGUUUUCAUAGUAUUUUAGAUGUCCUUGAGUUUACCGAAAAUUCUGGAAUGCUACUAAACAUAGUAGCAGUAUAGUAAUCAGCCAAUCAGAAACUGUAUAUGUGAAUUUUCACUUUCCUAACGUUUCUGGCUAAACUUCAAGUGGAGGCUGAUUGAAUAAAAUGCUUCUUAGUGUUUCUUGAACCUUUCUUGUCUUUUGCGAGAAGUUUUCUGGAUUACCCCAACAGCAAGCUCGACCACUGUGUCAAGGUAGCAGCAACGAUCAGGCGUUUGAGUGAUAGUUGUAUUGAUGAUUAGCUCAGGAGACAACAAAAGUAAUGUUCAAUUGAAUGUUUAAGGUCAAGUUCAAUUGAGAGGCGAUAUUUUUCCCUCCACGUAGGCUGUAACAUACAACAAACUAGAAUUUGAUUGAUUUACUUGCUCUAGUUGACCAAUUUCAACUUGUCAACACUACUAGGAACUGGUUUAAACGUAACUAACGUGACAUCAUUAGCAGGUCUAAGAAUUUGUUUAGUCAUCAAUGUAAGUGAUUAGUUAUAUAAUUAAGUUGAAGUCACGGUAUUUAUUAAAUAACUUUAUUUUCUGGAUAAACAUACAGAAUCGUAUUAUAUAACAUGAUCAUAAUCAAGGUCGAGAGAAUAUCAUGUGAUUAGUCUAAGUAUUGAUGAAGCUGUAAAUCCAUGUGAUUAAUUUUCGAAAGAGAUAUUUUUUAGAUUAGUGUUAAGGAAGAUGCUAAUGAGUUCAAGUUCGUAAAAUUCGAUUCAAACGUAACAGUUGGAUUGACUCCGAUCAUUUUCUCAAAUCUACGACAAUUAAUGAACUUAUUUUGAAUUCUCAUGGUUUAAUAUGUUGAUCCUGUAAUUGUCCAUUCCAGUUUUACAGUGGUAGCUUAAUACAUCCAGUUUUCUAUCAAUAGAUCACUGUUUCCAAACUUAGUUCACCAGUUCGAGCAUGUGUUGCGAGGUAGUAACACUUAUCUUCACAUUUACAGUGCCUCAUACCUCAGUAUAUAAAUCCCUGGUUUGGUAAGUAAUGGUUCUUCUUUUACAGAGCCGACUUGCUCUUGUCACAUUAUGUGGGACAAGGUCUCUAACACACUCAGUCCUGGGCCCUCCUCUUCAGUUGUUCCUAAGCGCUUUUCAUUCUUUUGAUAUCAACUUCGAAUUACUGGCGCAAUGUAUCCUUCGGUCUUUCUCUCUUCCUUUCACCAUUACGGAAUUAAUCAUGUCCGAACACCUCGAUUCCAUUAUCACUGGCCAAGUAGAACGCUGCAGCGAAUUUUGCAAUCAUUUUUAAACUCCAUUUAUUUAUUCCUUAUGGUGAUACAUAUUCACUUCUAACCAAAUUCAUCAUUGUUGAAUUGUAUCCAAUUAGUAUCGUUGGUCCAUAUUAUUAAGAAGUCUCAAAUUACUGUGAAUAUAUUUGCACUUCUUCAUGUAGUUUUAUGGUUCCCUGAUUGGCGUCAGUUUCUAAGGAAAUCCUCACAAUCUAUCCACGUAACUGCAAAAGUUCCUUCUCACUAGUAACCAUCCUUAUGUUGAUUAUCUCAAAGCUUCAGUAGAAAUACCAGAUCUGUCGUGUAAACCAAAUAGGUAUCAAAACAUUUGGUGAGAGUCACGCUAUACCAUGGAAUUAUUGCUAAUGAAAUGAGUAAUACGGUAUUCUUACUCAAUGAUUUGAAGACUUUUGUUUGAUAUGAGAUUUAAAGAUCGUGAGCUAUAUACUGUAUAGGGUUGUAAGUGUACACCACUGCUAAAACAAACUAGGACAGGAUGACUCCCCAAUGCUCUAUGACAGGUAUCAAGGAAGCUAUCACCAUGCAAACUAUUUAUUUACAUUCACCACAUAUUGUAAUUGGUCUUUUUUUAGGAGUUAGUAUUAAAAAAGUGUUUGAGGAAAUAAAAAUCAAACGCUCGACAGUUUAUUUUUUGAUGAGUUCGAGUAGUUCCGAGUCCGAAUCCCGGUCGAAUUGGAGGCUUCGCUGAAUUUCUUCCGAUGACACAUUACAUUACCUUAGAUACUUUGAUUUAUUUUAUAUAGCUUAUUAUCCCCUUGCAUUUUGUGUUUUUGUAAUUGCCCUAGUUUUUUUUAUAAUUUUAACUUAUACAAGUGAUUCAAGGUAUCUGGAUAGUCUUUCCGGUGUUCUGAUUGCUAAUUUGAUGUAUGAAUUCCACAUAUAUAAUCAAUUAUUGCUGCAAACAUUAAUUACGUCAGUAAAUUCAUCAUCAUUCGCGUAGGCAGUUUCACAAUAGACAAACAAACAAAAAAUAUAUUCUUUAAAAGUUGUAUGUCCAUUAACUAGGAUUAAUGAGACUGAGCCAAGUAAGUAGUUCUUUACAAAAUUCAAUUGACUAAUUCAUUAUCAUACUGUGUAGUAUAUAAUUUCAUUCAUUCAUCAUUUACAUAGACUAUAUAUAUAUAUUAAUCAUAUUUCGAUUACUUUCGUCGCGGAUGCCAAUUUAUAAAUGGAUAAUGUCAUUAUAAUCUCAACCAAUCAGAUUCCAA